CUCAAAACUCUAAUACGUAAAUUACUUUUGUUAUAUAAACAUGCUAUAUACUAAUGUAUUUUCCUCACAAUCAUCAGAUUCAAUAACAUUUUACACAGAGAGAGCAAAACAACAGUUCUUUAGAGUAAUUUUCUGACAAUGUCUUCUCUUGGUCAUUUACUUGUUCUUGUGUUUCUCUAUGUUCUGCUUUUUUACUCAGCUGAUUCUCGCAAACCCCAAGUCCUUCAUGACACUGGAUCUAGCGAAGAUGGUGCAAAAGGCACAAGAUGGGCUGUUCUAAUUGCUGGAUCAAGUUAUUAUUAUAACUACAGGCAUCAGGCUGACAUAUGCCAUGCAUAUCAAGUUCUGCGAAAAGGGGGUCUAAAAGAUGAAAACAUUAUUGUGUUUAUGUAUGAUGAUAUCGCGUUUAACCCUGAGAAUCCCAGGCCUGGAGUUAUCAUCAAUAGACCUGAUGGUGGAGAUGUUUAUGAAGGCGUUCCUAAGGACUACACUAAAGAGGCUGUUAAUGUGAAGAACUUUUAUAAUGUGAUACUUGGAAACGAAAGUGGCAUCACAGGAGGAAGUGGCAAAGUUGUGAAAAGUGGUCCUAAUGAUAGUAUAUUCAUCUACUAUGCUGACCAUGGAGCUCCUGGUUUACUAUCGAUGCCUGAUGGUGAAGAUAUCCAUGCAAAAGAUUUCAUUAAAGUCUUGGAGAAGAUGCAUAAGCUUAAAAGAUACAAGAAGAUGGUGAUUUAUGUUGAAGCAUGUGAGUCUGGAAGUAUGUUUGAAGGGAUUUUAAAGACCAAUCUAAACAUACUUGCAGUAACUGCUUCUAAUGCGACAGAGAGCAGUUUUGGAAUCUACUGUGGUGGUGAAAAUCCUCCUCCUCCUCCUGAAUAUGAUGGUGUUUGUCUCGGCGAUACAUUUAGCGUCUCUUGGCUUGAGGACAGUGAUCUUCAUGACAUGAGUAAAGAGACAUUGAAGAAACAAUACCAAAUUGUAAAGAGAAGAACAGGUCCUGAUGCUGAACCAGGGACGAGUUCUCAUGUAAGCCGUUUCGGAUCAAAGGCGCUUCUUAAAGACUAUCUUGUCUCCUACAUUGGAACCAAUCCUGAUAACGAAAACUUCACUUUUGCUGGAUUCACUGCUUCACCAAUCUCUACUUCAAGCUCGGUCAAUACUCGCGAUAUCCCUUUGUUAUAUCUCAAGAGCAAGAUUCAAAGAUCUCCAAUGGAGUCACCUGAAAGACAAGAGCUUCAGAAGAAGCUGUUUGAAGAAAUGAAUCAUAGGAGACAAAUCGAUCAGAACAUUGUGGAGAUUCUUAAACUUUCACUUAAGCAAACCAAUGUCUUAGAUCUCUUAAUUUCCACAAGAACAAAAGGACAACCUCUUGUAGACGACUGGGAUUGCUUUAAGACUCUGGUUAAUAGCUUCAAGAAUCACUGUGGAGCAACGAUGGACUACGGUUUGAAGUAUACAGGAGCGCUUGCCAAUAUCUGCAAUAUGGGAGUGGAUGUGAAGCAAACUGUUUCAGCUAUUGAACACGCUUGUAACCAGGAGAAGAGAAGAAACAGAAGGUCUGAAACGAACAUAAAGGCCAGUCUUCUCUCAGGGGAAUUAUCUGAUGGUAGGAGACGAGCCAGAGACCAAAACGGUGUACCGAGAGGGCAUCUUGCGGUCUACGUGGGGGAUGAGAUGCAGAGGUUUGUAAUACCGACCAAGUAUCUUCAGUAUCCUGAAUUUAAAGUUUUGAUGGAUGAAGUAGCUGACGAGUUUGGUUAUGAACAUGAAGGAGGGAUUCAUAUCCCUUGUGAGGAAAGUGUUUUUGAAGAGAUUUUGAUUAGAUACAUGUCUUGUGACAAGAAGAAAUAAAGUGUUGUACAUACAAUAAUAUAAUAAUUAUAUAAUCAUCUUUUAAUACUCCACUGUCUUUGUAACAACUAUGUGUUCUUGAACCAUUAUGCAAAACAGAACACAGACCAUUCUUUGGUAAUGAAAAUGCCAAAUCAAGGAACAAAAAUAAUGCCAUGUUCUUUAAUGGUAUCGAUAACAAUCCCUAGCUUCCCUUCAAUCCUCUCUCCCUUUCUUGGCUCAUAGGACACAGCGUAGACGUCUGCUUCCAUUGAACGCUCAGCUAUGAGCUUGCCGAUGAGUCUGCACGCUUCGUCAUCCACAAGAGAAGGUAUGUUCGUCCUUAUAUCUCUUGCGUUAGUGGUGGCCACUGAGAUGACUUUGCUUGUUGGUCUAUGCAUAACUUUGGCGUGAAUGAACUUCCUGGAGAAGAAGACGUUGAGCAGGAAAGGUCUCAUGUACAUGUCAGUUCUUUGCUUCCAUGACUUCUUGUUGGGUCUUUUCGCUGCUUCGCCACGUGAUCUCCUAGUCCAGGCAGCUUGAAUAAAAGAGUCCUAAACAACCCAUCAAAACAAACCUUGUAAGAAAAAAAUUUGUACGAACCACCUUAAAUAGAUAAAGAAAGAAACUUUGAAUGAAA